CCGUUCUCCGCGUGAAGGCCCUAACCAGCGGCCCGCACCUGGUCAAUCCCGCACCUGAUCAAUCACUAUCAUCAUCCUCAUUAAUCCAAACUGUGAUGAAACCGGAGACACAGAGGGGGAAAACGCGUACCGGAGAACUCUCAAGCAUCUGCCAUGGCCAAAAAACGCAGGUAUUCAACCUGAAUACUCAUCCUUUGAACUUCUGGCCAUCAGAUCCAUGCCCCUUGUAUCCGUCUCCAACGAUUUAGGGUUUGAGGUCGCCUGCUGAUCAAAUUCCGCGAUCAAAUUCAAACGAAUGGUUUCUGUGAAACGUAUCAACAGAAUCCUGUUGGUAUACUAGUAACCUCAAUGAAGGGGCGCUCCCACCGCCCUCCUCCUUCCGCUCCCCUCGAGGACUGGGGCGAUGGACAAUGGACGGUGGACUGCUCCUGCGGCGUGAACUUCGACGACGGUGAGGAGAUGGUGAGCUGCGAUGAGUGCGGAAUUUGGGUGCAUACCCGUUGCUCUCACUACGUACGGGGGGAGGCAUCUUUCGCAUGCCACAACUGCAAGGCCGCCACCAAGCGUUCCCGCACGAUCGUUACCUCCGCUGCUAAUAACUUUGCCCAUGAUACUGAGGAGACUGAGGUCGCGCAGCUUCUUGUCGAGUUGCCUACCAAAGCCGACCGCCCGCCGCCGAUCCAUCCGGGUGGUGCUCCGUUGCGCCCUCCUUUCAGGCUGUGGGCUCAUGUCCCUAUGGAGGAGCGGGUCCAUGUGCAGGGCGUUCCUGGUGGAGAUUCUUCUUUGUUUCGGGGGUUAUCUUCAAAGAUCUUCUCUCCGGAGUUAUGGAAGCGCACUGGAUAUGUUCCGAAGAAGUUCAAUUUGAAGUAUAAGGAGUUUCCUUGUUGGGAGGAGGAAGAGAGGGAUAAGGCAAGCUUAGGUGCUGACGCGCUUUUCUCUUUGUCGAAGGAAUCAGUGCAAGCUACUCCGGUGAAGUCGUCUGAGAAGAUGUUGUCGCCGGAUGGAUCUUGGAAGGAAGGGGAGAAGAUUCUGUUGGGCACUCGUUCUUUUGGUUGUGCAAAGAAGGAAAGGAACAAACUUAGAGUUUUGGGAUCCAGUAAGUUUAGGAAGGAAGAAUUAGGCGAGGAGAAGGAAUUAAGUGGAAGAAGGAGAUCGAGAGGAGAUUUUGAUAGGAUGUUGACUGACAUCAAGGAGAAAGCUGGAUCUGUUCCCUUGUUCGACUCGAGAAAAGAAGAUUUAUGUGAGGAUGGGGAUGGGGGACUCCAUAUUGCGGAAUCUGAUGUUCCAGAUACCAAGAGUGCGUACAAAAGGGAGGACAUGCUCCUUAAGCCCAGCUACAAGAAUCUUGAUGAAGGGAUUGAUAAUGUCGGCAAGUCUAAGCACAACAUGCUAGUCUUCAAGACUUCUAGGAGUCGUUUCCCUGAUGAGGCACCAAGAUCAAAACUUUUACUGGGAACACCUGUGAAGCUUGAGAAGGCUGAUCGGCCAGAUGGAAGGGUUGCUUGUAAACUAAAUACUGUUGCAGCAUGUCAUGUUGAAGGUAGCAAUAUUGCCAAAGGUUUUAUCAAACAGGAGAUAUUGGUGCAUGGUCAACAUAUGAUUUCGUGCUACUUGAGUGAGUGUUUUUUCAUGGCAUAUUUGGAAGUUAUCAAAUCUGCAUCAAGCUUCAAAGAGCCCAAGGAUGAUAGUUAUAUUCGAACCGUCCUUAAUGAAGGUUCAAUUGCCGCUGUUUUGGAUUUGGAUAAGGAUAAGAUUAAUGCUGGCAUUGAUAGCUACGCUGGUCAGCCAGAUGUGACAGAUAUAACCUUUGUUCCAUCCUCUGCUUCAUGCUCUCUUAGCGCCAAGAAGGUUGAGAUCAAUUUGAAACUUGAUGUUACUGAUGAUCAAGCCUUAGAAAGCUCAGAUUUUCUUCCUCGCCUUUUUCCUGAUGGAAGACAGUGCAUCAUGGAUGAUUUUCCGCAAAAUCAGCUAAAAUUAAAUGAUUGCUCUUCAACUAUUCCUGAUGAAUCUAAAGCUUUGACGAAUCCGCAAUAUGAGGAACAGAAACCGCAGGUUUUGCAGAAAGAUUCAGAUCAUCAAGAAUGUUUGAACACUUCAGGGAAUGAACCAGUGCUAAAUGAGGUGAUUACGGACUCUGUGGGCUCCUUGAAAAGAUGGAAAUGUCCUGUUGAAUCAAACCCUUCUCCUAAAACUUAUUGCACUGCAUCAAUGAAAUUAAAUGGUGCAGAGCCUAGCCAUUCAGCCCCUCUUGUUCAAAAGACAGUAGGCACCGGAAAAGAUUUACCGAAUUUGACAGCUCUAGUUGGCUCCAAGUCCAAAGGUUGCAAUAACCAGAAUUCAGCUGCUAAUGCAGUAUCAUCCUCUCUUUCUGGGAAGGCUAUUCAUGCCUUCAAGCAGCAGAGAGUAAAGGUAACAAACAGUAGCGCUGGUGCUAGAGAUACUCCAAUGAAUGCUACAUCUACUGAGAAAGAUGAACAGGAGGUUCUGCCACAGUCAGCACUAGCUCAUCCUACUGGAGUAGAAUUUAUGGGAUCAAAAUCUUUACAAGCUGCCAAAACCUCUCAUUUCUCUGCCUCCAAGAAUUGUUCCUUGGAUUCAAAAGAACAGCCAUCCGGUCCAUCUUGUCAAGCUUCAGCUGAAACCCCUACAACAUCUUCAGCAGCUGCUGAGGCAACUACAUCAGUAGUGAUUCAAAGUCCAUCCAACCAACUUAAGUCGACAGCUUUAGGUUCUUCCCAAAAAAAUGACAAGACAAUCCAACCUAGUACUCAGUCAGCAUCAAAAUUUCUUAGUCACUCAUUGGUUAUGCAAGCAUCAACUUCAACAAAUGCAGCUACUACGCUGAGUGAUGAAGAGCUUGCUUUAUUGCUGCACCAAGAAUUAAACAGCUCACCAAGAGUUCCUCGAGUACCUCGGAUCAGACAAACAACAAACGCACAGUUUGCGACUCCAAGUACGACAAGUGUGCUAUCAAAACGUUCAUAUUCGGGGGGAAGAGAUCAAGUUUCGUUUUUUAGAAGAAAGCACAAAGAAGCUUCCAAAGAGAGCUCUCGCCAUUCACGAGAUGCAAUCAGUGAAGGCAGGAAGGUGGGUAUACAUUCUCCUGAACCCAAGCAAGAUGAACCAGCUGUCUUCAGUGAUGGCUUUUCUAAAAGGGGUAAAGGGAGUAGACCUUACGAUACCAUGGAAUCUUCGAAAACCAAUCUUUCAGGUAGUUCUAUUGAAGGUGCAAACAGCUUCCCUGCCUCGUCUGAAGAGAAUGGAGCAAGAACAUCUUUACAAACCUCACCAGCUAAUGUUGAUGGGGAUGCAGCCCUUGUAGGCCGUAGUUUGCCUUGCUUAAUUGAUGAAAUCAUGAGCAAGGGUAAAUGUUCCACAUAUGAGGAGCUUUGCGAUGCUGUUAGGCCGUACUGGCAUAGCCUAAGGAAGCCAAAUGGAGAGCGUUAUGCAUAUUCUAGUCACUCUCAGGCUGUUCUUGACUGCCUAAGGAAUAGGAGCGAAUGGGCUCAUCUCAUUGAUCGAGGUCCAAAGACAAAUGCGAGCAAGAGGAGAAGAAAGCUCGAUUCGGAGACUCCUGCCAUGGAAUUGGAGCAUGAGAACAACAGCGGCAACCCUCACAGAGAUGAUUUUCCUAAGGGAAAACGAAACGUGCGGAAGCGCCGGCUGCUCGAGCAGAGGUCAGGCGGUGUGAAAGAUGCUAAAAAUACACGUAGCCAAGGCAACUUAUCAGAUGAUGAUCCUGCAGCCCUAUCUCACUCAAGCAAUGAGGAAACUGAAUGCCAUUUAAGUGAUGAUAAUGGAGCUGACGAUGCAUGCAGCUUGAGCUCUGGUGAUUCUGAUUGAGAGACCAGUACCAGGUAACUUUUUACCUGGCGAUAGUUAUGAAGCAGCUUUGUUAAUAAUAGAGCUGGCAGUGCAAAUACUGAUGUGUAGAGCUUUUAGCUAGGAGCUCAAAACUUACAUGAUUGUUUGCCUUAGAUUAGUGUCAGAAUAGAGCGAUAUUUUGUUGUAGGAUUAUGUCCUUCCCAAUUCUGUUUUGGGUCAGGGAUAUAUAGUGUAAACUAGGGUAACAGAAAUCGACUAAUGUAUAUUUGUAAUCUUGUAUGUAAAAUGUGAUAGUCAUCUUAUGUUUUACAUUUUAGAACGCAGGAUAUAGCUGAUGAACUGCAAGUGAACAUGAAGCAGUGGAUCAUAAGGUGAGUUCUUUGGAACCCAAUUUGAGUAUCAAUUGUCAGAUUUAAGCUUUCUUGCUAGAAAUUAUCAAAUUUGAAUGUAACUUUUUCUUAA